GGUAAGAAUGCGGAUCAGAUCUGUGUCUGUCGAUGCAUCGAUAUGAUAUCGGUUCGGCCCCCUGUGUUGUGUUUAUAUCCCCAAAAGCAAAGCGACUGCCCCCAACUCAGUUGACACUUCUUGUCUGUCUGUCUGUCUGUUCACUCAAGUGGUCCCGUCCGUCGUCGGUGUUGUGCCUUGGCUCACCAGCCCCCGCACUUGGAGCUGCGGCAGCGCUGGCACGGGGCGCCCUUGGGCAGACACCAGCAACCGGCACCCUGCAUACGUGCAUCAGAGAGAUGACCAACCACAACGGCAGGCACCAUUCGAGAAUCCAUUUACCCGUGUGUUUUCGGCCUGUCUCUUUGUGUUGUGUGUCGUUUUCUCGCUCACCGAGUUGCAGCAGUUUUCUUCCUGUGUGCACCGGCGGUCUCUUACGCCGACGAUGAAGCGGUCUGUGUCCUCGCGGGGGGUGACGGGCUCAGGCUCAGGCUCAUUUUCUUCCGUCUUGUCUUCUUCCUCCUCCUCAGUGUCCGGCCCCUCCUCCUCUUCUGGCUCGGCAGGUCGGGCAGGAUGGGGCUGGCCCUCAAAGGGCGGGCUGCUGUCGACGUAGUAGGGCUGGGUGUCGAACUGACCGCCGUAGUGCUCGCAGUAGGCCUUGGGGUUCUUCUCGUACAGGACUUUGCCCACUGAGGCGCCCUGGGCAAUCCACACCGUCUUGCCGCGACCGCGGCCUGCAUCGACACACACACACGCACGAACAGCAGAAUGCAGUAAGGACAGAGAGGCGCAAACAAGGGGAGGGGGCUCUCUGUCUGUCUGUCUGUCUGUGUGUCGGUGUGUCUGUGCCUCUGUGUGUUGGAUUGUGUCCGUACUUCGUGUGCCUUUGCCCCAUUCUUUGGGUCUGAAUGGUGCGGCAUCGCCUUGUAUGGUGGCGACCUUGGCCAUGUUGUUCGCACCUUCCUGCGCUCGGACGAUGGUCGCGUCGCCGUCGCAAUAACCGCGAAUAGCCUAAAUGGAUACACACACAGGCGACACAUAGGGGUGCAGUCAGUCAGUCAUUGCGACACCACACACACCGCGACUGAUGGAUGGAUGGAUGGAUGGAUGGACUCACGUGUGCUGCAGCUGUGAGAUAGGUUGCCACUGCCUUCCCGUCGGACAGACACCCACGAUACCACGCCACCUCCUGAAGACAUGAGACAUGACGCACGUCACGCACACAGACACACAGAGAGAGAGGGGGAGAGAACCAACAAUGAACGUCUUGGCGCUUUGCCGCUGAGUGCACCCCUUCGCCCUGUGUGCCUACGUGGUCGAAUUCGGAGCCUGCCAAAACGAUGUGUGCGACAGGCCAAACGACAGGCCAAAUGUAGACCAUCCUGGGUGUACGACGGCGAAAUCGUUUUGCCUACCUGGGUCGGAUUUGCGCUCGCCGGGGGGAGGGCCACGCACGAGGUCACCGGGCAUCCACGUCACGACUGCAUGACCACACAAACACGCACACAGGGCUCCAUAAACGGGGCCAGCCAACAUUCUGCCCCGGGGUGUGUGUGAAUGUGUGUUUCCCUCCCUCCGAUGCUGUCUAGUUUGCUUACUCUGCUGAAACUUGUAGAAGGAUUUCAUCUUGGUAUCGGUGUUCUGGGCCCACUCUCGCCAGGCGUCAGCGUCGGUCUUGGAGGCAUGCUUGUUCUUGUCUGUAUGGGUGUGGAGGCACCGACGCACACGAACAGUAAACAUACCAACACAGACAGACAAACAGAGAUCAGUGACAGACCCACAGAACGGUAAGUAUCACGUCCGUCCGUCCGUACUGUUGUAUUGUGUGGCAUGCUCGCCAAUCGCCUCGGCCAGGGGAGCGAGGGCCUGACGGCUGCACACACACACACAGACAGGAGAGGGAAACCACACACCCCACACAUGGAUGGAUGGAUGGAUGGACACAUAGAUCUGCCGCACGUAGAUCUGUGUGAGGGGUGUGUAGUGUAGUGUGGUGUGAUGUGGCAGGUUACCCUUCGGCUGUGCAUACGACGUCGUUCCACCAGUCGGAUAUGAGCUUCUUGCCCACGAGGUGGUGAUAGGUGAGGGUCAUGGACCCCCACCUCUGACCCGUGGCGUACGGCUUGCGCUUGACGCUGCUGUAAUCCACCUGCAUGCCGCGGCCGACUGCAGGCAGCCACACACACAGAAGAGGGCACCAACACCCAUGAAAACAGUAAGAUCUCCCUCCCCGGCUGUCCCUACCUUCGUCGCAGCCUUUGUUGGCGCCGUUGCAGAAAGAACCUGCCCGUGGAGGUGGUGUUGGCGGCGGCAUUCGUGUCGGUAAGGUCGAGGGCGUCACGGCGGUCCUCAGUAUGGAAGAGAUCUCGGAGGAAUGAGGAGAAUGGUGUGAUGGAUUCGGUGGAUGGGCUCAACUCGGCAUCGGCCUUGCGGAGGGUGAGGGUGAGGGUGGUGGGGAUGGCGGUGAGGAGGAAAAGAAUGCAG